AUGGCCCUUGCCACCUGUGCCGCGCUUGGGCGGCUCCACUCCAGUAGGGCGAACAUCCUGUCAAACCCGCGGAAGCACCAGGAAAAGCCCGCUUGCUCUAAAUCACCUUCCACGGAGGCGUACGCAUUGCCGUCAUGCAUUUUACCUCCACCAACCGUUGAUAAUCACCGCGGGGUAAAUCUCUGGAAAACGACUGUCUUGUCCUUUUGGUGCACCCCGCCCGCGGCCGCGCCACUGCCGUCCUCCUUGAUGACGAUGCCCCACAACGCGCUAAACGCGGCGCCACGCACCUCAGAGAGCACACAGGUCGGAAAGGCCAUCUCUGACGACGCUGGCGCCUCUCGCUGCCGCCCCUGA